AUGAGUGCGCCUCUGGCCGCGCCCCUGGAGGAAGGGGACGAUGUGUUUCUCGAGCUGGCGGCAGCCAUGGAGGCUGAGGAGGAGGAGGACGGCGCCGAGGAGCCGCCGCCCACCGCCAGCCAGCGCAGCAGCGGCGCAAUGGGCGGCGGCAGCAGUGCCGGCGGCCCCCGCCUGUCGUGGGCUGCACGAGCCGCCGCCGCCGGAUCCGCGGGCGCCGUGCCACCAGGCCACCAGCCCCGCCAGGCGGUGCUGCUCCCGCCUGGCUCCAUCCCCUGUGCCCCCACGGCGCCACUGCUGCUGCCAGCCAGCCAACCAGCGGCAGCCGCGGGCGGCAGCGGGGUGGUCGUCUUUGGCAGCCGGGGCGGCGUGGCGGGCGGCAGCACAGGAGCGGCGGCAGCGGGCACCUUUUCCGAUAUCAAAAACCCGCGCGUGUCCCACACCCAGCUGCGCAGCCGCCUGGCCGACACCUCGGUGCUGCGGCUGUCGCAAGUCAGGCAGCGCCACCGCACGGCGGGCCUGGAGGGGAGCUGGGUGGCCAUCUGCGUGGUGGGGGAGAAGAGCAAGCCGCGGGAGACGGCGGCGGGCCGUUCGUACAGCAUCUGGAAGGUCACCGACCUGGACCAGACCUGCCUCUCCCUCUUCCUCUUCUCGGGCGCCCACGAUGAGCUGUGGAGGGAGGCGGAGGGCUCCAUCGUGGCCCUGCUGUCGCCCAAGGUCAAGACGGAGGGCGACUUCUCGCUUUCCGUUGAUUCGGCAGACCAGGCAAGGGCCCUUUCUGCCCCGCAGGCUCACUUCCCCUCCUCCUGCUUCCUGCUGUGCCUCAUGCUGUCGCCUCCCGCCGUGUGGGUGCUGGGGCAGAGCACGGAGUUUGGGUACUGCAAGUCCAAGAAGAAGAACGGCGAGCCGUGCCGCAUGCCCGUCAACGCGGCGCGCUGCCCCUUCUGCCCCUACCACGUCAAGAGCGAGUACAACCGCAUGAAGCCCACCGGGCGCACCGAGUUCCAGACCUCCAACCUCAAGACAGCCUUCCGCCCAGGCCUGCAGCGCGGUCUGCCCUGGGCUCCCGGAGAGUUUGAGGUCGCCGCGCUUGGGGGCGUGGCCGCCAGCGCGCGCAACAAGGGCAGCGACGCGGGCGCCAGGUAUCUAGACACAGUGGCCAACCCGGCAGCAGUGGCAGCAGCGGAGGCCGCCGCCAAGCACCGCCUCACUCCCGCCGCCGCCAUCGCUGCAGCGCAAGCCAAGGGCCGCACCGAGGCGGCCCUGGCCGCGGCGCCCAUCCCGGCCGGCCGCCCUGGAGGCUCGCUGGUGCUGCAGCUGCCGCGGCCCAAGCAGCAGCAGCAGCAGGGCAAGCGCAAGGCUGGGGUGGGGCGGCCGGGCGGCGGCGGCAAGCGCAGGAGCAGCAACGUCGCAGGCGAGGGCAGCGGACUGAUGAUUGAGCUUGCGGAUGAGGAGGAUGAGGAGGUGGAGGCCGCCGGUUGCGGCGCUGCUGCUGCGGCUGGUGGUGGUGGUGGUGGUGGUGGCAGUGCCUAUGACCCAGCGGCUGCCGCCAGGCAGAGGGCGGUGGAGCUCCUGCGGGCUGCAGGCGGUGCCGCGGCGCCAGACCCCAACAGCAGCCGCCGGGUGCCGCAGGUCAUGCAGGCGGCGGUGCAGCGGGUGCGGGCCUCUCAGCCAGCAGGCGGCAGCAACGCUGCAGCCGCUGCACCAGCAGCAGCAGCGGCGGCGACAGCAGCAGCAGCGGCAGCAGCAGGGGGAGAAGUGCGGCGUGCGGCGGCGCCCAGUGGCGCCGCUGCCGCAGCGGCCGGCGGCCGGCGGCCUGCCCUGGCGCAGACGCAGGCUCACCGCCCUCCACCGCUGCCAUCGGUGGUUUCUGGAGGCCCCGCGGCGGCGCGGCCGCCGCCGCCGUCUGCCAUGGAAGCUGCCUUUGGGGGCGUGCUGCAGGAGGCAGGGGCAUCGAGCGCAGCUGUCCAGGGCACCAGGUACAAGGAGCUGGUGGAUGACGAGGAGUUUGAGAAGCUGGACAAGGUCAUGAGCGUUCUGGAGCAGAAGGACGAGAUGGCGGCGCGCAUGGAGGGCGUGACGCGCCUGGCGGUGCAGGCAUUCCGCUGCAAGCUGUGCUGCUACACCGCGGAGCGGCGCCGCCGCGAGUGCUCUGCACACCCGCACGCUGUGGAGAGAGUGGAGGUCACCAAGCGCUGGUGGCAGUGCCAGGGCUGCAAGCACCGCUUCACGACGGUGGGGCUCAAGUAUCCGGCAGGCCGCUGCGCCAAGUGCAACCAGCCGGGCACUGAGUUUAAGUCUGUCGGCAUGUUCCGCCCGCCUCGGGAGCACGAGCUGCAGAGGCAGCAGAGCGCGGUGGCGGGCCGCGACCAGCUGGCGGCGCGGGGCGCUGAGCAGAAGUGGGCCAACAGCUGGUGA